AUGUUAAAAGUAACUGUUCACAAUGCGGAGCGUAUUCCUAAUGUAGAACGGUUUAUUAAUGUUGAUCCAUUGGUGACACUUAUUUUUCAAGGUAUUAAAAAACAAACCAAUUGGCAACGAUCAACAUGUGAUCCAAAAUGGGAAGAAACACUUGACUUUCCUCUUAAUGGUAUUCCAAUUCAAAAUACGGACACACUUGAAAUUCAUCUUAAGGAUCAUGAAACGAUCGGAGCUAACAAGCUCAUUGGACAAGGGUCAGUACUAUUAAGUGAUGUUCUUCGUACUAAUAUAAUAAAACGACGUACUGUUCAAUUAACAAAUCCUCAAGGUGUUCUUCUUGAAGCUACUAAAUUAUAUAUUUCAUUGGAAUAUAUUCCACCAAAUACUAGUGAAAAAAUGCAAACAAAUUAUAAAAAUGGUGAUCCAAAUCAAUUUGAUGAUAUACCUUUACAAAAUAGUGGUGAUACAUCAUGGCAAUUAGAAGUUAGUGGUGAUCAAGGUUUAAAACGACCGAUUAAACCAAGAUCAACGAAAUCACAAGAUUUUCAAAUUCGAAUAAAAAUCUUUCAAGCUCGUCAAUUAGAUGGAAGUAAUUUACAUCCUGUUUGUCGAGUACGAGUUUUUAGUACUGUUAAACAAACAAAAAUUCAAAAAGGAACAAAUCAACCAUAUUUUAAUGAAGUUUUCUUUUUUAAUUUAAAUAUGUCUGAAAUUGAAUUAUGUGAUGAAAUGAUAGAAUUUGAAGUUUGUAAUUCGAGAACACUUCGAGCUGAUAUGAAAAUAGGUACAUUUAAAAUGGACAUUGGUUAUAUUUAUUCUCAACCAAGACAUUCAAUAAAUCGAAAAUGGUUAUUAUUAAGUAAUGAAGAUGAUCGAAUGACUGGUGCCAAAGGUUAUCUUAAAGUAUCUGUUAAUAUAUUAGGUCCAGGUGAUGAAGCACCGUCACAAGAAAAUGCUGCUGAUGAUGAUGACAUUGAAAGUAAUUUAUUAAAACCAGCUGGUCUGAUGCUUCGUCCAGCAACAUUUAUUUUAAAAGUUUUUAAAGCGGAUGAUUUACCAAGAAUGGAUAGUGCAUUUUUAAAUGGAGUUAAAAAAAUUUUUCAUGCAGCAGAAGAUAUUAAGGAAUUAAUUGAUCCUUAUGUCAUUUUUUCAUUUGCUGGACAACAAGUUUCAACAAAAAUUGUUUAUACAUGUUCACAUCCUGAUUUUAAUCAAGAACUUCGACUUGGUCUUAAAUUUCCAUCAAUGUGUGAUAAAAUAGUCUUAACUGUUAUGGAUUGGGAUCGCUUAAUGCAGAGUGAUAUAAUUGGUGUUGGUAUUCUUGAUAUAUUCACUAAAGAUCAUGGUAGAAAUUCAAAUAAUUCUAAUGACUUUCGAUAUAAUUAUUUUAUUUCUAAAGGUUUUCUUCCAACAUUUGGUCCAUGUUGGAUUAAUUUAUACGGUGCACCACGUGAAUAUUCUGAAGUUCCAACAAUAUUAGAUGAAUUAAAUAGUGGAAAAGGCGAAGGUGUUGCUUAUCGUGGUCGACUAUUUGUUGAAUUACAAACAAUUCUUGGUGAAACUCCAACAGAACCUAUUGGUGAAAUAUCAAAUUCCGACAUAGUUCGUGCAUUACCAUAUCAAUCACGAAAAAAAUAUAAAUUACAUGCAGCAUUUCUUGAUGCUUGUAUGUUAUAUGAACAUGAAUCAACAGUUGAAUUCGAAAUAAGUAUUGGAAAUUAUGGAAAUAAAUUUGAUGAUCUUGUUGGCAAUGCAAGUUGUUCAACAACACCACCAGCAAAUCCUGUUUUUGAUGGAACAUCUUAUUAUUUUUUGCCAUGGGGACAUACAAAACCAUGUGUACAAGUAGCAAGUGAAUGGGAAGAUAUUACUUUUCGUUUAGAAGCAAUGAAUCAAUUAUCAAAGAUUAAAUUAUUUAUUACGGGUCUCAUGUCAACAUUAGAAUUAUUAAAAAUCAAACAAACAUCUGAAGAAGUUCUUGUUCGACAUUAUAAACAAUCUCUUGAUAUGCUUAUGGCUCAUUUAAAAAAACCAUUACCUGAACCUGAACCAGGUCGUCAUCAUGUUAAUGAACUUGAUCGUUUAAGACGUCAAAUGCGUUUAAAAGAUCUUUCUGAUAUGAUAACUAAAUUAGAACAACUAAAAUUACAUGCUAAAACAUCGAAAGAAAUUAUUAAUACAUUAGAAGAUAUUAAAGAAAAUGUUGAAUUUCUUGAAGUUGAACCACAAAAUAGUAUUCCCGAUGUGAUUAUAUGGCUAUUAUCAAAUGGUAAACGUUAUUCAUAUUAUCGUUUACCAGCUAAUGAAGUUUUUUAUUCAACACAUGUUGAUCGUCGUGGUCGUCUUUGUGGAAAAGUUCAAUCAAUAACAUUAAAAUGGCCAGGAAAAGAAUCUGAUAUUGGAAAAGAUAAAAAAAAUUUUAUUCCAGCAGAAAUUCGAGUUAAAAUUUGGUUAGGUUUAGCAAUACAUGAACAAGAUUGGUUAUCACAACAAAAAGGUGCCGAUUUAGCAAUUUAUGCUGAAACUUAUGAAAAUCAAACAAAUGUACUUGGACAAUGGACUACAGGUGGACCAUUAAUGAGUAGACCAGCUUGGUCAGAUGUUAUUGGAAAUAUAAGUUUACCGAAAACAAAUUUUCAAUUACCUUCUGGAUGGCGAUGGGAAGGUGAUUGUGCUCGAUAUGCAGAUGAUGCUGGACAUCGAACAUUUACUGAAGAAGUUUAUGAACAUCAAUGUCGUCUUAUUGCUGGAGCUCAAUGGCAACCGAAAACCGUUGCUUGGACUGAUUUAGCUGGUGAUAAAGUUCUAAGUAAAAAUGAACGAACAGAACCACCCGCAGGAUGGAUAUGGGAAGAUGAAUGGACUAUUGAUGCUAAUCGAGCUGUUGAUGAAGAAGGUUUUGAAUAUUGUGUUAAUCAAACACUUGGUGGAUGGUGUCCAACAGAAAAAGUAUUUCAUUUAAAUCGUCGACGACGUUGGUAUAGAAAUCGAAUUCUUAAAGGAGAUAAAAGUCUCGAUGAGAAAAAAGAAAAUUCAUAUUUAUUUCAUACAUCUAAUGAAACUACACCUUUACUUAUUUCAUUUGAUGAAACUGAAAAAAAAGAAGUUCGUGAAAAUAAAAAAAAUGAAGGAUGGGAAUAUGCUCCUAUGUUUAAUAUGAAAUUUCAUGCUGAUGAACGAAGUAUGGAUAUGACACGUCGUCGACGAUGGCAUAGAAAAAUGGUUCCAUCAGCUGAACAAAAUCUUAGUAGUUCAACUGGAGGACCUGUAUCAAAUACAGAUAUUAUCUUUCGAAUGCAAUCACAAGUUCAAGUUCCAACUGAUUCACCUUCAAAAGUUGAUCAACAUCAAUCGGAUUCACCAUCAACAACAACAGCAACAACUAAAGAAGUUAAAAUUGAAUUAAAUGCACCACGAAUGUUUCUUACUUUUAAAAAAGCAUAUUAUUAUGAACUUCGUGCAUAUAUUUAUCAAGCAAGAAAUCUUCUUUCAAUGGAUCAUGAUAGUUUUUCUGAUCCUUAUGCUCAAAUUGGUUUUAUUAAUCAAAGUCAACGUACUGAAAUUAUACAACAAAGUUUAUGUCCAACAUGGGAUCAAACAUUAAUUUUUUCAAGUGUUGAACUCUAUGGUGAACCAGAUGAAAUUCAUCAUGAUCCACCAAAUAUUCUAAUUGAAUUAUUUGAUAAAGAUCAAUAUGGAAGUCCAGAUUUUCUUGGUCGUGUUCAAUGUUCACCAAUUGUUCGUUUAGCACCUGAUGAAACAAAACCAACAAUUAAAUUAAAAUGGUUUCCUGUAAGAAGAGGAAAAGAUGAUGCAGGAGAAUUAUUAGCUGCUUUUGAACUUUUCUUAUUACCUGAAAUUGAUAAUGAGAAAAAAAUGCCUCCACAUCCACCAAAACGUGGUUCUUUAUUUAUUGUACCACAAACAAUUCGACCUCAACUUGUACGAACAGGAAUUGAGAUUCUUUGUUGGGGUAUUAGAAAUAUGAAAACAUUUAUGUUAUCAGAUGUUGAUUGUCCACAAGUUGUAUUUGAAGUUGGUGGUCAUGAAAUUGAAUCAACUAUUAUUAAAAAUGCAAAGAAAACACCAAAUUUCGAUAAACCAUUAUUAUUUCUUGAUGUUAUGUUACCACAAGAAGAUCUUUAUGCACCACCAAUGAAUAUUAAAGUAAAAGAUCAUCGAUCAUUUGGAAGAAAACCAGUUGUUGGUUUUCAUGUUAUCAAAUCUCUUGAACGUUUUCGAUGUGAUCCAACUGCACCAUCAUUAACUAUUAUGCAAGCAGCUCAUGCAAUAUCACCUCCGAUGAGUCCAACUGAAGAAGUUGCUGCUCUAACAGAUAAAAAAUCUAAAAAAAAUCGUCGAAAACAGUCAGUUUCACCACAACCAACAGCUAGUUUAGCUGAUGGUACAGUUGCAACAACAACAGUUGCGUUAACAACAAAUGAAGUAUCAACAGAAGCAGUUGAUAAAAAAACAAUGAGAAAACGUGUUAAACGUUUUUUAAAAAAACAAAAGUCAGCAAGUGGAACACCGAUGAAACCAGAGUCAAAAUUGAUGAAAAUUCAAAAAACCAUGGCGGCUAAACAUCCUCAACAAUAUCAAAGUGUUCCAGUUAUUGAAGAGCCGGUAGUUGAAGAUGAUAUUGAUUGGUGGUCAAAAUAUUAUGCAUCGAAAGGUGAACUAAAUAAAUGUGGCUCAUAUGCACAAAAAGGAUAUGAAACUUUAACAAUUCUUUCUCAUCCACUUGAAUUACAUGAAAUUUACGAAGGUUUUAGUGAUUUUUGUCGAACAUUUGAAUUAUCUCGUGGAAAAACAAAAUUUGAAGAAGAAAAUGAAAUAGUUGGUGAAUUUAAAGGUCUUUUUAAAGUUUAUCCAUUACCUGAAGAUCCAAAUGAGCUUUUGCCACAUCGUACAUUGGAAAAUUUACCAUCAAAUAGUUUAGAAGAAUGUAUUGUUAGAGUUUAUAUUAUUCGAGCUAUUGAUUUACAACCAACAGAUUCAAAUGGAAAAUCAGAUCCUUAUAUUGAAAUUGAAUUAGGAAAAACAACAAUUGAUAAUCGAGAUGAAAGAAUACCAAAUACAACAAAUCCUGUUUUUGGAAAAAUGUUUGAAAUAAAAACUAUAAUUCCAACUGCUAAAGAUUUAACAAUACGUGUUAAAGAUUGGGAUUUAUUAACAUCAGAUGAUGUUAUUGGACAAACAACUAUUGAUUUAGAAAAUCGACUUUUGAGUAAAUAUAGAGCAACAUGUGGACUUCCAUUACAAUAUAAUGUAACUGGUCCAAAUCAAUGGCGUGAUAGUUUUCGUCCUCGAAAAAUUCUUUAUGAUGUUUGUAAAAGAAAUAAUUUACCAGUUCCUGAAUUAAUUGAUGAACAUUCAAUUAAAAUAGGAGAUUAUAUAUUUCAUCUUGAUGAUUUUGAACAAGAAAAACAUUUGACAAUUCAUGUUGGUGAUGAUGAAGAACGUUUAGCUUUACAUAUUUUGCAUAAACUUCGUCUUUGUCCUGAACAUGUUGAAACUCGACCACUUUUUAAUCCAAUACAACCUUUAAUUGAACAAGGUCGUUUAGAAUUAUUUGUUGAUAUUUUUCCAAAAUCUCAAGGUUCACCAGGACCUGCAUUUACUAUAAUACCACGAAAACCAAAACCUUAUAUUCUUCGUUGUAUUAUUUGGAAUACAAGUGAUGUUAUAUUACAAGAAACAUCAAUAACAGGAGAACAAAUGUCUGACAUUUAUGUUAAAGGAUGGAUGAGUGGAAUUGAAGAGGAUGUACAAAAAACGGAUGUACAUUAUCGAUCAAUGGAUGGGGAAGGAAAUUUCAAUUGGCGUUUUGUUUAUGAUUUUUCAUAUUUACCAGCUGAAAGAUGUAUUUCAGUUAAAAAGAAAGAACAUUUUUGGAGUUAUGACACAACUGAAUUAACAAUUCCACCUGUAUUAAAUCUACAAGUUUGGGAUAAUGAUAAAUUUAGUGCGGAUGAUUUUCUUGGUGCAUUAACACUUGACUUAAAUCGUUUAUAUAAACCAGCGAAAGAUCCUGAUUUUUGCACAUUGGAUAUACUGGAUGAUGAAUCAUCAAAUGCUGUUUCAUUAUUUGAAAUGAAAAGAGUAAAAGGUUGGUGGCCUUGUGUUAAUGUUGAAGGUGGAGAUCCAGAAUUAACCGGAAAAAUUGAACUUGAACUUGAAAUCUUAACUGAAGAAGAAGCUCGUGAAAGACCAGCAGGACAUGGUCGAGACGAGCCAAAUGAAAAUCCUAAAUUGGAUCCACCUCGACGACCUGAAACAUCAUUUCUUUGGUUUUCAUCACCAUUUCGUACAUUUAAAAAUAUCAUUUGGAGAAAAUCUAAAUGGUAUAUUAUUGGUGCAUUGCUUUUAAUUUGUUUUAUCAUAUUCUUACUUCUAUUUCUAUGGGCUAUGCCAAGUGCCGUUUGGACUCGACUUCUGCGUAUACCCGGGUGA